UUUACAUGGCACUAUAAUUUAUAUUGAACUCGAUCAGACGCUUUCUAAUGCACUUAACAACAUAGAUUAAUUUACUUACAACGUUGGUUUUUAGUUUGUACUUUGUUUUACGUGAUCCUCACGUCCUGAUAUCAACAUGGCCCGUAACAGUGAAAAGGCCAUGACAGCCCUUGCUCGGUGGAGAGCAGCUCAUAUUGAUGAGAAAAAAGAAGUGGAGAGGAGGCCAUAUCUAGCCACAGAGUGUGAUGAUCUGAAGAAAGCAGAGAAGUUUAGAAGACAGAUUAUUGGAGAAGUCUCAAAAAAAGUUGCACAGAUUCAAAAUGCUGGCCUGGGUGAGUUCAAGCUGCGAGACAUCAAUGACGAGAUCAAUAAACUGCUGCGUGAGAAGGGUCACUGGGAGGACCGCAUCAAGGAGUUGGAUGGGCCAGACUAUAGGAAAAUUGGACCCAAGAUGCUGGACCAUGAAGGAAAAGAAGUUCCUGGAAACAGGGGCUACAAGUAUUUUGGUGCUGCAAAAGACCUGCCUGGGGUGAGAGAAUUGUUUGAGCAAGAACCUCCCCCGCCCCCACGUAAGACAAGGGGUGAGCUGAUGAAGGACAUAGACGCUGAUUACUAUGGUUACCGUGAUGAGGAUGACGGAGUUAUCUGCCCACUGGAGCAGGAGGCCGAGAAAAAAGCUAUAGCAGACAAAGUGACUGAAUGGAAAGAAAAGAUGGCCAAGGGUGAAUUGCCCUCAACCAGUGAAGACAAAGCUAGUGAAAUACCCAGCAUAUAUCCUCGAGAGGAUGAAGAUGAUGAAGAAGACAUGGAGGUUGACCAAUCUAGACUGGCGCCCGAGGAGACAGAAUUGCAGCAUUUCAUAGCACAUGUUGAGGUGCCAUCUCAAAAACAGAUUGAGGAAGCGUUGCUGCAGAGAAAGAAGCAGGAACUAUUGCAGAAGUACGUCAGUGACGACCAGCAGCAGGAGGAGGGCAAAGUCAAACAGCUGCUGGGCCUCUGAAACCAUGGCAACCAGCAUAGCAACCGACAGACCUCUGGGGUUUCAUUUGGGAGUUGCCUCAAGGCAAGUGGAUCUGAAGCGCGAUGUGCCAUUACAUACUGGACGUAAAUAUGUCACUUGAUGCGUGAUUCCUGCAUGAUUAAGUAUAUGUAUACAGGUACAUGUGUAUAUACAAUGUACUCUGAUGGGGCAAGUCACCAUGCAAAUAGGACACUGGAGUUCGCUACUACCAAUGAGGAAAGACUAUUGUUGAAAACAUACUGAUGAAUGAAAAAUAACUUUUUAAGGCUUAUGACCAGCAAUGAUGGUGAUGCAGAGUGCUAAAUGUGUAGAUUUGUCUAAUGUGGGCUCAAUAAAUGUUUUCAAAAUUAAUUUAGAAAAUACUAAUUAUAAUUGGCUGUUUGUAUCUCAAACUGUACAUAUGUUUAAGUAAGAUUGAUAGGUUGGCUUGGCUAAUUAUUAUUACUAUAAUUAUUAUUAUUACUAAUUAUCACACCAAGUACUGGAUCUGGGCCCAGCAAACGGACUCUAGAGCGUUUCAAUAAGCCUGCGGCUUUCGAUGCAAUUGAGCUAAAAUAAAUAGGUUUAAACUAAUUAUUAUUUUUGUUGAUACUUUGUUGAUCUGUGCUACAUUCACUUUUGUAUAGUAAUGAGAAUGUAUUGCCAAUAUACAUGUAAUUCUAUGAACUAUGUGCCUAUUUUUAUAUUGCAUAAAAUUAAUACAAUA